AAACUGCCAUUAUGAUGUUACAGAGCAUAAUUCCAUUUUUCUGCAUUGUCUCCGGAGCGUUAGCAGUUGAUGGGAAUUGGUCUGCCUGGGGAUCCUGGGGUGGAUGUUCACAGACAUGCGGAUCCGGCACUAGAUAUAGGUCAAGGUCUUGUUCAAAUCCGUUUCCCUCUUUCAAUGGAGCAGAUUGUGUUGGUGAUACACAGGUGUCACAAACAUGUAAUACGAAUACUUGUCCAGCGGUGAAUGGUGCGUGGUCUGACUGGGGUGACUGGGGGGACUGCUCUAACGCAUGUGGAUCAGGAUCUAAGACAAGAACCAGGGACUGUACAAACCCAACUCCCAUGUAUGGUGGAUCAGAUUGUUCAGUCUCUAACACAGAGUCACAAAGCGACAUUUGUACAGGACCAUGUGCAGUUGAUGGUGUAUGGGGUAGCUGGGGCUCGUAUGGGGAUUGUACUCACACAUGUGGAGGAGGGAAGAAAGCUAGAAGACGUUCUUGUGACAAUCCAGUACCAUCAAAUGGAGGAAACGACUGUUCAGGAGAUACUUACAACAUAGCAAGUUGUAACACAGGUGCAUGCACUGUUCCUGCUCCAGGAACGUAUGUUCAGAUUUGUCCAACAGGAUUUUUUACAUGUGAAUCUGGGAUAGUUGGUUGCAUCAAUAAUACAUUACAGUGUGAUUGUACCAACCACUGUUCUGAUAGUAGCGACGAAUCAACAACAUAUGCCUCGUGUCCAGCAGCCCCAACAUGUAGAGGAUGUGAUGUAAAGAGUAGCUUAAUGGUCUGUCUACUUUUGGGUUUGAUGCGCUUUGUUGGUGAGAGGAUUAUGAUUUGAAAUUGUUAUGAAAUGUCCAGAAUUAUUGGCAGUGUGUGUAAUGAACUAAUUGAUCAUCACCUAAACUAAUAUGGUCAGAUUUAAUUUGGCUUAAAUCUUUUUUGUAUGAACCAUUCUGUUGCAAGUGAUUACUAUUGCUGUGAUAAAAUUGGUACCAUUUAUGUUAUUAUAAAAGGACAAGUUAUAUUGACGUCUAUAAGAUUGGUAUUUCACUUGUUCAUGUUGAUGUAGAUAACUAUUUGUAAACAAUAAAUGCAUUUAUAUAA